AUGGAGUAUGAAAUUAUUCAUUAUGAUUUGGAGCCAAGCUACAUUGAUCAAACAAACCCUUAUUCCAUACAAGAUAAAGUUUCCAAUGACAUCGAAAGAUUUCUCCAACUAGAGACAGAUUUUAUGGACCUCGAUUUCAUUGAAGAAGACGCCGUUUUAGGUCUUGAUGAGAAUAUUCAAGAAACUACAUUACUGGCUGCUGCUGCCUGUGAAGAAAUCCUCCACAAUGUAGAAACUCAAGAAGAUGGUUUGGAGGGCUGCGGCUUAACUGAUUUACUACUUCUGGGAGCAGAAGCUAUUGAAGCAGAAAACUGGAUUUUUGCUUCAUCAGUGGUGACAAAACUGAAUAAUCUACUUUCUGAUGAAGAAAAUGGAGAUAACCCUAUUGGAAGAUUGGCUUUAUAUUUCACUGAAGGCCUUAUUUACAAGAGUCUUGAUUUUCCUGAGUUGCAGGAGGAAACGUUUGGUGGAAAAUCUAAUCAUAACACGUUUUCUGCGUUCCAAAUGCUUCAAGAACUCUCUCCUUAUGUGAAAUUUGCACAUUUCACAGCGAAUCAGGCUAUUCUGGAGGCGACACGGGGCCAUAAGGAAGUUCAUGUUAUAGACUUCGAUAUCAUGGAGGGAAUUCAGUGGCCUUCUUUGAUGGUUGAUCUUGCAGGUACAGAAGAUGCUUCUCUUAGAAUCACAGCAGUAGUUACUGACCAUAAAAAUUUAGGUAAUAUUCAACAGAUGAGAUUGAGAUUGCAGGAUUUCGCGAAUUCAAUUAAUCUUCCAUUCAAUUUUGAUCAUGUUUUCAUGACGACAGAGAAAGAUUUUGAAGAAAUCAAGGUGGAAAAUAGUACAGUAAUAGCCAACUGUAUGUUGCAUCAGCUCCACAUGCCAUACAAGGACAGUGCAAUGGUCAAGACAUUCUUAAAAGGUGUACGAAAGCUAUGUCCUAAAAUUGUCAUUUUAGUAGAGGAAGAACUUUUCAACUUAGAUAAAGUUUCAUCAAUGUCUUACGUGGAGUUUUUCCGUGAGGCCCUCCACCAUUAUGCGGCUGUUUCUGAUUCGCUUCAGUCUGGUUUCCAUGGAGGUUUCAAAUUAGCCGUAAAAAUUAUAGAACGCAAGUUCCUUAGGACGAGGAUUUUAGAUAGUGUGAAGCAAUUUCCUUGUGAGCAAAGAGAAAGACAACUAUGGAAAAAUGAGUAUCCUUCUAUGGAGGGAUUUAGGCCAAUUCCACUGAGUUCUUGGAAUGUGUCUCAAGCCAAGUUCUUGGUGAGUUUAUUCAGUGGGAGUUAUUGGGUGCAAAAUGAGCGGUGCAGAUUGGCUUUGUGCUGGAAAUCAAGGCCUUUGACCACAGCUUCCAUUUGGGUUCCCAAAUCUAUCGAAAAUCAACGAAAAGAUCAAUUUCUUUUUAAUAAAUGAUUGUAUUUUAGCUUUUGAUAUCCAUGCAGCUCGGAGGAAAUUAAAUUAUCAUUGUAACUUAGCAGCAUUUUUCUUUGAAUAUCGAAGUUUGAAAAUGCUUGCAGCUAUUA